AUGGUGUCCUUGACUGGUAAACGCCCUGACAAGCCAUGGUUGAAGAUGAGAUUCAAAGGGCUCUUUGGUGCGGGUUUCAGAGGGGUUGAUAGGAAUGAUGGUAGCAACCAUAUUGACGAGGAGAAUGUAAAUCAGCCCGACGAUGCACUUAUUUCCGAAGAUGCUCAAGCUGGUGUGCAACGUGUUCAGGCUGCAACCACAGUCUGGACCACAACGCACCUCAUCGGUGCACACUUCUGCAUCUGGUUCAUCUACUUUGUUAUCUCGCUGGAAGAAGUGGUUCUUCGCUCUUUGAAUCCCUAUGUCACCAGCUCUUUCUCGUUGCAUUCUCUUACUUCUGCAACCAACAUCAUGUCCAGCAUCAUCGGCGGUUUGGCUAAGAUCCCAACUGCCAAAAUUCUGGAUACUUGGGGAAGACCCCAAGGUAUUGGAUUGAUGACCUUUAUUUGGGUCAUCGGAUAUAUCAUGAUGGCUUCCUGCCGAAACGUGCAGACAUACGCCGCAGCCCAGGUGUUCUCUGUGACUGGUGCGCAAGGUGUUAGCUACUGCCUGACAGUUUUUAUUUCGGAUAUGUCGACACUCAAAAACCGAUCGCUCAUGCUUUCCAUCGCGACAUCACCAUACAUCGUCACUACUUGGCUAGGAGGCCCAGUGUCUCAAAAUGUCAUUCAAGGUCCUGGCUGGCGAUGGGGUUUCGGUAUCUUCGCAAUUGUUGUCCCUGUGGUGGUGGCCCCGUUAACGAUCCUAUUUCUCUACAACCAGAAGAAGGCUCAAAGGCACGGCCUUAUCGGGCAUACGCGUGUCAGUCUCCGUCCGGAAGCCUUGAAGCGCUACGCAAUUGAGGUUGACCUGCUGGGCAUUAUCAUCCUCGCAGGUGGCAUGGCACUCUUUUUGCUUCCGUUCAGCCUCUACUCGUAUCAACCUGACAAAUUCCGCUCUCCGAUGAUAAUCUGUAUGAUUAUAUUUGGUGGUGUAUUGCUUAUUUUUUUCGUCCUCUGGGAGAAGUUCUGGGCACCAAAGACUUUUAUUCCGUUCGAGCUUUUGAUGGAUCGAACGGUCUUCUGUGCGGGACUGAUGUUCGUCUUCGUCUUCUUCAACUCAAUGGUAUGGGGCAGCUACUUUUUCUCCAUGUUGCAAGUUGUCUGGGGCCUCAACAUCACUAAUGCAAGCUACGUCAGCGCCAUUUAUCGUGUCGGUUCUUGCCUCUGGGCCGUGGCGGUUGGGUUUCUGAUCCGCUGGACUGGUCGAUUCAAAUGGCUUGCUUUGUACUUUGCAAUCCCCUUGAUGAUGUUGGGUGUUGGGCUUAUGAUUGAGUUCCGGCAACCAGACAGUGAUAUUGGGUACAUCGUCAUGACCCAAAUCUUUGUCGCCUUUUCGGGCGGAACUAUUGUACUCUGCGGAGAGCUGGCGAUGAUGGCUCCCUCGAACCAACAACACAUUGCCGCAGUCAUCGCCAUUUUGAAUUUGUUCGGCAGUGUCGGCAGCGCCGUCGGAGGAACUGUUGCCACUGCUAUCUGGACCAGCGUCUUCCCCUCGGCUCUCCAAAAGUACCUCCCUCCAGAUGUUGAUGCAAAGAAAGUCUACGGAUCAAUCAUUGCUCAGCUUUAUUACAGACCUGGAACGCCAGCUCGAGAUGCUAUCAAUCGAUCGUACGCGGAAGCACAACGAUACAUGCUCAUCACAAGCCUCUCGUUGCUGGGUGGCGCAUUCAUAUGUGUAGCGUUGUGGCGAGAUAUACGCAUCAAAGAUAUAAAACAGGUCAAAGGACGUGUUAUCUAG